CAUGGGAGACAUGUUGUGCGUAUGUGCUGUCAGACCAGAAAGCUGCAGCAGCUGUUCAGAGAGAAGGGGAUCCCAACAUAUCCUUCAGCACACGGAAGCGGCAUCUACAGCAGAGCCCCCGCGUCUCCACACCCUUCGGAGCUGGAGGCCUUGGAGUUAUGCUGAUCCUUUGCAGGAGCAGGAUGGUGUGGAGAGGUUCAAAUGGCAGAGACGAGGCAUCCCGUUUGGAGCUGCCACAUCCUAUGUACAUCUGGAGAAGCUGUGUGAAGGAUCCUGUGCAACUGUGUACAAGGGAAUCAGCAGGAUCAAUGGCCAGUUGGUGGCAUUGAAAGUGAUCAGGCUGGAGGCAGAGGAGGGAGUGCCCUUUACAGCCAUUCGUGAAGCUUCUCUUCUCAAGCAUUUGAAACAUGCCAACAUCGUACUGCUUCAUGACAUUAUCCAGACCAAGGAGACACUAACAUUUGUCUUUGAGUACAUGCACACAGAUUUAGCACAGUACAUGGGCCAGCAUCCUGGAGGACUUCAUUCAUGCAAUGUUAUGCUUUUCAUGUUCCAGCUUUUGCGCGGCCUGGCUUACAUCCACCAACAACACAUUCUUCACCGUGAUCUGAACCCCCAGAACUUGCUCAUCAGUUGCCUUGGUGAGCUCAAAUUAGCUGACUUUGGCCUUGCUCGUGCCAAGUCCAUCCCCAGACAGACAUACUCCUCUGAAGUGGUGGCACUCUGGUACCGUCCUCCUGAUGUGUUGCUUGGAGCUACAGAUUAUUCUUCUGGUCUAGAUAUCUGGAGUGCAGGCUGUAUAUUUGUUGAAAUGAUCCAGGGCCAGCCAAUAUUUGCAGGAACUUCUGGUACAGAACAGCUGGCGAAGAUCUGGGCGGUGUUGGGAGUCCCAACUGAGGACACCUGGCCAGGACUUUCCAAGCUCCCCAACUAUAACCCAGAACUGGUUGCUUCCAGGAGACCUCAGAGACUCCGAGUCAUCUGUGACAGGCUGAGCAGGAUGCCAGCAGCAGAGGAUUUGGCCUCCAGGAUGCUUACAGCCUUCCCUCGAGGCCGGAUCUCUGCACAAGAUGCGCUUCUUCAUGGCUUCUUCAGCCCUCUGCCUCCUCAGCUCUAUCAGGUUUCUGCUGGACAAUCAGUGCUCACAGUUCCGGGAGUGAGACUGCAACCUGAAAUCUGUGACCUGUUUGCUUCUUACCGAAUAGGCCAUCUCUCAGGAGGUUCAAGCAAGUUUUGGUAG